AUGGAGGCUGUAAGUUUCUUCAUCUUGGUGGGAUUUAUAGCAGAGUUCCCAAUUUUUUCAAGCGCCUCUUCUCCCGUCAACUGCCAGUGGGGUUCCUUCGGCCCUUGGUCAGAAUGCAACGGCUGCACAAAGUCCCAGAUUAGCAGGCGGAUGAUUGAUGUUUAUGCCCAGUAUGGUGGCCAACCCUGUACUGGAAGUGCUUUUCAGACACAAAUGUGUGAACCUACACAAGGAUGUCCAGCGGAAGAGGGAUGUGGACAGCGUUUCCGGUGUUUUUCAGGCCAGUGCAUCAGCAAGUCUCUGGUUUGCAAUGGGGAUUCGGACUGUGAUGAAGACGGCACUGAUGAGGAUGGAUGCGAGGACACAGACAGCAGACGUUCCUGUGACCUUGAUAAACCUCCUCCCAACAUUGAACUUACUGGAAUUGGUUACAAUGCACUCACUGGCCAGUUCCGGAGCAGAGUCAUCAACACGAAAAGUUUCGGCGGUCAGUGCAGAAAGGUGUUCAGUGGGGAUAAAAAAGACUACUACAGGCUGAGUGCCAAUGUCCUCUCCUACACAUUUGAGGUGAAAAUAAAUAAUAAUUUUAAUUAUGAAUUUUACAAUAGUAGCUGGUCUUAUGUAAAACAAACAUCCACAGUGACUACAUCAUCUUCAAGGAAACGCUCCUUUUUUGGAAUUUCAUCAUCUUCUUCUAACUCAUACAGUAGUAAUUCAAAUUUCAUGGAAAAUCAGAAAAAAAAGAGUUAUCAAUUGUUGGUUCUUGAGAACACUGUGGAAGUGGCUCAGUUCAUCAAUAACAAUCCGGAAUUUUUACAACUCGCUGAGCCGUUCUGGAGGGAACUAUCCUACCUCCCCUCUCUGUACGACUACAGUGCCUACCGACAAUUAAUCGAAAAGUAUGGGACACAUUUUCUGCAGUCUGGAUCCUUAGGAGGAGAGUACAAGGUUCUCUUUUAUGUGGACACAGAAAAAAUGAAACAAAGUGGUGUUAGUUCAAUAAAUAUGAAAAAAUGUUCAUCCAAAAAUGUCAACUUUGUGUUUGGUCAUGAUUCUUCAAGCAAAUGCAAGGAGCUGAAAGAUGCUUUAAAAUGGGCUUCAGGGACUCAGGGCAACAUGUUGCGAGGGGACCCAUUUGUCCGAGGGGGCCGUUCAGGCUUUGUGUCUGGUCUUAGUUACCUGGAGCUGGACAACCCUGCUGGAAACCAGAAGCGGUAUGCCUCCUGGGCGGGAUCCGUGCCCGAACUGCCCCAGGUCAUAAAACAGAAGCUGACACCUUUGUAUGAGCUGGUGAAGGAGGUGCCCUGCGCCGCGGUGAAGAGACUCUACCUGAGACGGGCCCUGGAGGAAUACCUGGAUGAGUCCGACCCCUGCCACUGCCAGCCCUGCCAGAACGGGGGCCUCGCCGCCGUGGAGGGCACCACGUGCCAGUGCCACUGCAAGCCAUACACGUUCGGUGCGGCCUGCGAGAACGGAGUCCUCGUGGGGGACGAGGCAGGAAAGGUGGAUGGAGGUUGGAACUGCUGGUCCUCUUGGAGCCCCUGUGUUGAAGGAAGGAGAACAAGGCGCCGAGAAUGCAAUAACCCGCGUCCCAGAGGGGGUGGGGAGUCCUGUAUUGGAGAAAUGUCAGAGAGCAGGCAGUGCGGAGAGGAAGACGAGGAGCUGAAUAACCUUCGAUUGCUUGAACCCCAUUGUUUUCCUUUGCCUUCAGGUCCAAAGGAAUUCUGUCCACCACCCCCUGCCUUGGACAACGGAUUUGUUCAAAAUGAAGGUACCACGUUUCCUGUUGGGAAAAGCAUUGUCUAUACCUGCAGGGAAGGAUACUCUCUGGUUGGAGACCCUGUGGCCAGAUGUGGCGAUGACUUACAGUGGCUCACCGGGGAAAGGCAUUGUCAGAAAAUUGUCUGUGUUCUACCAACACUGAUGGAUGGCAUACAGAGUCACCCCCAGAAACCUUCCUACGCAGUUGGCGACAAGGUGACAUUUUCCUGUUCCAGUGGCAUGACACUAGAGGGUCCUUCAACAUUUAUCUGUGGAUCCAGCCUUAAGUGGAGUCCUGAGAUAAAGGAUGUCCAUUGUGUCCAUAGAGAAUCCCCUGUGACACAGGCAGCGCCUCAGUGUCAGCCCUGGGAGAAAGUGAAGAAUUCAAGAUGUGUUUGUAAAUUGCCCUACGAAUGUCGGUCCUCCUUGGGUGUAUGCGCUCAGGACAUGAAAAACCAAAGGAUACUGCCUCUGACCGUUUGCAAGGUGCAAGCCCUCCAAUGUCAGGGUAAAAACUUCACCCUGAUGGGCUCGGAGAGCUGCAAUCUGCCGGCCCUCACCAGGAAGGCAUGUGGCGCGUGUCCACUGUGGGAGAAAUGCGAUGCCCAGAGCGCUGCAUGUGAAUGCAGAGAUGCCUCGGAGUGCCAGGCGGAAGGGAGCACGGUCUGCGUGGAUGUAGACGGCGCCAAGCGGACGAUGACCGAGUGCCAGGCCGGAGUCCUGAGGUGUGGAGGACAGAGCAUCUCUGUCACCAGCAUAGGGCCCUGUGAGGGGGGACCCUAG